AUGGAGGCUCCAGGUAAACCCGAGGCCAUCGCCACCAAGCUCGACGAAAAGGCCCGGCCAUCACAAGACAGCGAGUCUCAACCCGAGCCAUCCUCUGGCAACGCAUACUUUCAGGCCGGCCAGCUAACCAAGGGCGGCCAUCCACAGCGCAUCUUUACACAUGCCACCUCGUUCGAGUACACCCUCCAGGGCAUCGCCAUCUUCGCCGCCAUCUGCUCCGGCGCCGGCAUCGCCCUGCAGAACCUCAUCUUUGGCAACUUUGUCACGACCAUGACCAGCUUCGCCAACGGAAAGGCGACGCCGGGCGAUUUCCAAAGCGAAGCCAGCAAGCUAGCCCUCUACUUUGUCUACCUCGGCAUCGCCCGCUUCGUCCUCUCCUACAUCUACAACUCCCUCCUCACCUACACCUCCUACCGCGUCGUCCGCAACCUGCGCUCCGCCUACCUCGGCGCCGCCCUCCGUCAAGAAGUCGCCUUCUUCGACCUCGGCGCCGGCUCCGCCUCCAUCGCCGCCGCCGCCACCACUAACGGCCGGCUCGUCCAGGGCGGCAUCUCCGAGAAGCUCGGCCUCACCUUCCAGGGCCUCUCGGCUUUCGUCACCGCCUUCGUCAUCGCCUUCGCCACGCACUGGAAGCUGACCCUGAUCACGCUGUGCGUCGCGCCGGCCAUCCUGGUCGUCAUGGGCGUCGUCUCGGCGCUCGAGGCGGCGAUCGAGACGAGGAUCCUAGACAUUCACGCGCAGGCCAACGCGUUCGCGGAGGGCGUGCUGGCGAGCGCGCGCACGGUGCACGCGUUUGAGAUGCGGGAGAGGUUGGUGGGCAAGUUUGACGGGUUGCUCAAGGAGGCGCAUGGGUUGGGGGACAAGAACUCGGUGCUGUUUGGGGCGCUCUUCUCGACGGAGUACACCAUCGUCUACCUGGGCUUCGGGCUCGCGUUUUGGCAGGGCGUCAACAUGCUGGCCAGGGGCGAGAUUCAGAACCCGGGUCAGAUCUUCACUGUCCUGCUCUCCGUCGUCAUCGCCGCCAUCAGCCUGACCAACCUGGCGCCCUACCUGAUCGAGUUUACUCGCGCCGCCACGGGCGCAUCGCAGAUGUUUGCCCUCAUCGACAGAAAGUCCAGCAUCGAUUCCUUUUCGGAAGCGGGCGAGAAGCCGACCGAGACACAGGGCGAUAUCCAGAUUGACAACGUUACGUUCGCCUACCCAACCCGACCAGACACUGUCGUGCUCAACGACUUUUCCCUCCACAUCCCUGCCGGCAAGGUCACCGCACUUGUGGGUCAAAGCGGCUCGGGAAAGAGCACCAUUGUUGGUCUGAUUGAGAGAUGGUACGAUCCCCUCUCCGGUUCCAUCAAGCUCGACGGGCGGCCCAUUACAGACCUCAACCUGAACUGGCUUCGCAAGAAUGUCCGACUUGUCCAGCAGGAACCCAUCCUAUUCCAGGGCUCCGUGUACGACAACAUCGCCAACGGCCUCGUCGGCACCCCCUGGGAGCACGCCCCGCGCGCCGAGAAGCUCGCCCUCGUCCAAGAAGCUGCCACCACCGCCUUCGCGCACGACUUCAUCCUCGCGCUCCCCUCCGGCUACGACACGGACAUUGGCCAGCGCGGCGGCCUGCUCUCCGGCGGCCAGCGGCAGCGCGUCGCCAUCGCGCGCAGCGUCGUCUCGCGGCCGGCCGUGCUGCUCCUCGACGAGGCCACCAGCGCGCUCGACCCGCACGCCGAGGGCGUCGUCCAGCAGGCGCUGGACCGCGCCUCCAAGGGCCGCACCACCAUUACCAUCGCGCACAAGCUGGCGACGAUCCGCAGGGCGGACAACAUCGUGGUCAUGGCCGGGGGGAGGAUCGUGGAGCAGGGGACGCACGAGGCGCUGCUGGCGAGGGAGGGGGGUGCAUACGCGAACUUGGUGUCGAUUCAGGACUUGGCGGUGACGGCGGCGGCGGAGGAGGGCUCGGAUGGCGAGGAGUCGGACAGGACGGCAAAUGGUGAGGAGGGGGGGAGGGGAGGGGGGUCGGACCCGGCCGAUGCGGAACUGCAGCGGACGCUGACGCGCCAGGCGACGGAGGUGCAGCAGCGGAUGGAGACGCAAAAGGAUCGUGACAGCUAUGACAAGCACAAGCCGCUCGGCAUGGUCGCGGCCAUCAUCCGGCUGGUCAGGGAGAGCCCGGACCUGACCUGGGCGUACCUCCUCACCGUCGUCGGCUGCAUGGGCGCCAGCGCCGGCUUCCCCGGCCAGGCCAUCCUCGUCGCCAACACGGUCCAGGUCUUCACCCUGACCGGGCAGGCCAUGGUCGACCGCGGCAACUUUUUCGCCUCCAUGUUCGUUGUGCUGGCCGCCGGUUGUCUGGUCUUUUACUUCAUCCUCGGCUGGACGACCAACACCAUUGCCCAGUCCCUCUCCCACAGGUUCCGCCGGCAGAGCCUCGACGACAUGCUCCGGCAGGACCUGCAAUUCUUCGACCGCCCCGAAAACAGCACCGGCGCGCUGACCAGCCGCGUCGACGGCAACCCGCAGUCCAUCCUCGAGCUGAUGGGCAUCAACGUCGGGCUCAUCUUCGUCGCCGUCCUCAACGUCCUCGGCUGCAGCGCCCUCGCCGUCGCCUACAGCUGGCGCCUCGGCCUCGUCGUCGUCUGCGCCGGCAUGCCCCCGCUGCUCGCCUCGGGCUGGCUCAAGAUCCGCUCCGACGCGCGCCUCGACGACCAGCUCUCCCGGCGGCACUCGCGCAGCGCCGCCAUCGCCUCGGAAGCCGUGACCGCGAUCCGCACCGUCUCGUCGCUGGCAAUCGAGGCCGCCGUGCUCGACCGCUACACGGGGGAGCUGGACCGCGCCGUGGCCGGGUCGGUCCGGCCGCUGCUCUCCGUCAUGGUGUGGUUCGCGCUGACGCAGUCCAUCGAGUACUGGUUCCUGGCCCUCGGCUUCUGGUACGGCUGCCGGCUGCUGGCGCUGGGGCAGCUGUCGCUGUUUGACUUUUUUGUCGCCUUCAUGAGCGUCUUCUACUCGGGGCAGGCGACGGCGCUCUUCUUCCAGUUCUCGACGAGCCUCACCAAGGGCAAGAACGCGGCCAACUACCUCUUCUGGCUGCACGACCUGCAGCCGACGGUGCGCGAGACGGAGGAGAACGGGGACGCCGGGCCGGGGGAGUGCGGGCCGCUGACCAUGGACGCGGUGCGCUUCUCGUACCCGCUGCGUCCGGAGACGUCGGUCCUCCGCGGCGUCAACCUCGAGAUCAAAAAGGGCCAGUUUGCCGCAUUCGUCGGCGCCUCCGGCUGCGGCAAGUCCACCAUGAUCGCCAUGCUGCAGCGCUUCUACGACCCCUCCAGCGGCCGCAUCCUCGUCUCCUCCCGGCCCCUCCCCUCCCUCAACCCUCACCUCUACCGGCGCGCCGUCUCCCUCGUCCAGCAAGAACCCACGCUCUUCCCCGGCAGCAUCCGCGAGAACAUCGCCCUCGGCGCUACUCGGUCCAUCACCGACGCGGACGUCGAGGCCGCCCUGCGCGCCGCCAACGCCUGGGACUUCGUCUCCUCCCUGCCCGACGGGGUGCACACGCCGGCGGGCUCCGGCGGCGGCACGCAGCUGUCCGGCGGGCAGCGGCAGCGGGUGGCGAUUGCCCGGGCGCUGGUGCGCGAUCCGCGGGUGCUGCUGCUGGACGAGGCGACGAGCGCGCUGGACACGGCGAGCGAGCGCGCGGUGCAGGAGGCGCUGGCGGAGGCGGCGCGGCGAGGGGGAGACCGGAUCACGGUGGCUGUGGCGCACAGGCUGUCGACGAUCAAGGACGCGGAUGUCAUCUGCGUCUUCUACGCGGGGCGUAUUGUAGAAAAGGGCACGCACGCGGAGCUGGUGGCGCUGGGCGGCAUGUAUCGCAAGAUGUGCGAGGCGCAGAACUUGGACUAG